GGCUUUCGGUACACGCGUUCUGUGCUGUGUGGAUAUUUAUAUAUUUUUAUAGGUUAACGUUUUUUUUUUGUGUGGCUGUUAAUUGAAACUGUGAUUUUGUUUCGGGAAUUUAUCGAGAAUUUGGGCGCCUUUUUUUUUUAAAUAUAAGUUGGUAAACGAGAGAUGUCGGCUAGCGGAGUCGGUCGCGGCAGAGGCUGGUUAAAUCUGAAAAGUCAAAACGUUCCCGGUGCUCCGGGUUCGGGCACAUCUCCGAACUCUAGCCCGUCGCCGACCGACCAACACUUCUCGAAUGCGGUCAGCGAUUUUUCGAUCCUUUUAGGCAAAAUAAAACAGUUAAACUUGGCGGAUGACGGCAUCAAAUUCAACCAGAAGAUCAAAUAUAUCCUCGACGGUUGGUUCGAGGAGUGUCAAACCGCGUCCGACGUCGAGCGAAGCUUCGAGGCGAUCCAUAAAGCGUGCCUGGAAGAUUUCGAGGUCGCCUCCAAGUUCGUGAUGCUCGUAGUGUCCAGGACGUUCAUGUCGCAGAAAAUACACGAACAAAAUAUCCGUUUGAUGCUCGUGAAGAAGCUGCAGCAUAAUUUCGAAAGUAGGGUCCAGCUUCAAACGGAGAAUCCCGUCAUCUUUAGGAACAGCGUGCGAAUGAUGGGCGAGUUUUACAACAAAGCCAAGUUGGCAGACGGCAAGCCGUUUUCGUUUAUGGCCGUCCCGUUGAUAUCUUAUCUCCAGAUGCUGCUCGAAUCCGCUGAUGCGUUGGAUCUCAAAUUGUUCGCGACACAACUGUACUUGAACGGCGCCCCGCUGAAGAACGAGCGCCCCGAGAAUAUCGCAUAUCUCGUACGCGUCGUUAGACUGCUGCUGUUAUCCGAGAAAACAGUCGCCAGAGAGUGUAAACUGUGGCUCCUCUUGGCGCUGGAGGUCGCGAGCAACCGAUUCGCGUUGCUCGCCCCCGACGUGCAAAAGUUCUACCAGGAGCAGCUCGGAGAUCCGGCGAUGGUCGAGUUUCUGGGAACGCGCACCUCGCUCAGCGUGCAGACGACUCACGCGAACAAAACGCUCGACGGUUAUCAGAGCUCCGUCAACGUGCUGCAAAUGUCGACGCCUUCGGAGGCCCACGGGAAUCGGGCCACUUCCCCUUCGAGUAGCUCGUCAGAAGUGGCCGGCGGCGGCGGCGGCGGCAGCUUUCACAGCGACUCUAGUCAAAGCUUGAACAGUCACGACAAGAGGGAGAAGCAGAACUUCGCGAAAACCGGCAGGCCCAUACUCGGUUCGGGGGCCACGUUGCACAAACCGCCGCAAGGCGAGGACCCCGCUGCCAAUUGGAAAGACAAGGACGGCACCCGGCAUAAAUCCGGGAGCGAAUGGGAUAAGAAGCCCCCCAGGGCACCCGGCAAAGGCUGGGAACACGACGACCGAUUCGAUACCGACUAUAGCUAAUUAUUUUUUUUUAACCACUUUUUAAAUUCAAUUUACAGUGUGUAUUCCUCGAUCGUAACUCGAGAAAAGCUUCGGCGACCGUAAUCUCGUAGGCACGGGCUCGAUAUUAUAGCCUCUUUUACGCUACAUUAACCGAUCAAAAGAAAAAGUAAGCGUUUCUACGAUUUUGGGCUGUGAACGCGAGCCCGUCUGUUAUCUGUUCCCCGGUAUCUGUUCUCUGUAACCUUCUUCGUGGUUUUCGACCGAACGAUGCGAACCAUGGCCUUCGAAUUUUCCUCCGUGCUAAUACCGAGAGAUACGGGCCAAUUUCAAAGUUUCGAGGUAUCAAAAAAUUUUUUUUAUAUUUAUUUAUUUUUUUUUUCCGAUCGGCAAAAAUCUCGAACUGGAAGACGCACGGGAUUCGACGAAAUAACCCGAAAAUAUAGAUUACGGACAGAAAACCGGUAGGAGGCCAAUUUACAAGCUCUAAAAUAGUUUAUAAAUGAGGUCUAGCAGUGCUUCGUCUGAAAAUGGAGAAAUUUAAUUAUUAUCUUUUGGCUUUUGCCGUCUCCAAUAUCUUUUAUUUUCCACGGCGACACUUUUAAUAUGCGUAGACGAAAUUUUUAGGUUAUGUAAGAUGAUGUUGCAAAACAGGCCUCCGGGGUAUAAUCCUUAUCUCGAACUUGAUUUCUACAAAAAUUUCUGAGGUUAACCAUGGUUAACGUGAGUGCUAUCUCAAAAAUACCUCUUUUUAGACCGUCAAUCGUGUUGUGGGUGAUGCGAGUUUUCUAACCUAAUCAUAUUUAUAUCAUUAGCGACUCAGAUAAAGUCCCAAUAACCAAUAUCUUUAUCCUAACCUAAAAUAUUUCAAAUAAGUUGUUUUUUCCUAUUUUAUAACGCUUCGAAGCGCAGGGACCUCUAUCCCGCUUCUACGUUACAACAUCCCCGGCCGUUUUCAAAUAUUCAGUGUCAUCCCUUAUUCUUCCUCAAGAAUUAGGUUUGGUCAACUAACCAAAAAAUAAUCAAUGGUUAAUGACUAACCAAUUUUUGACUAUGAUCAACGUUGGAAGUUCUCGUCGUUUUAAAAUUCAAUACAUUUGAGACACUCCGACAUUUUCUUUUGGUCGAUUAACUUUGGUAGUUUCUCACCCCGUAUAUGAAUAUUGACAUUUUCCAUGGUAAACGUUUAAUUUGUGUUCCCUUAAUUUAUUUUAUCGAUCAAACGUUUAAUGGUUAAUGCUUAUACACACGUAUUUUUCGUAUAGCACAAUUUCUUUUGGAUCUGGAAACGUGUGAAAAUCAUUUUCGGUCGAUGAUUUUUGCACUAGUAAAACAAAUAUAGAAAUGCGCCGUCACAGAAGAUAAUUUUUUAUCGUUGAAAUUAUAAACUUUGUUUCCUCUGAGGGGGUGAUAGAAUUCAAGGGUCUCAUUUUUAGUUAUAAGUUGAAGUUGAUUGAGAAAAAUGAAAAAAUCCAAUAUCCUUUUGACCAAAAACAGUCGAAUGUAAGCAGUUUGACGCUAUACGACCUCCCAUCGCCAUUCGAUCCCCCACUUUUACCCUGUAUAUGUACAUUAUUUAUAUUUAUUGUCAGCAAAUCACUUAACUUGAGCCUUAAUUAUUAAUCGGCAUGUAUUUCCAGUUCCACGAUUGAAACUUGUCUUUAUAAUUGUACAGUUCGCCAUCGGUUUGAGGUUAAGAAAUAAGAAAAAUUCUUUUAAAUUUUAUUAUGAUUUUUACAUCGCUGUGAUCAUUUUUAGCGAAAAUAAUUUUAAACAGUUUAUCUUUUUACGCAUUUUACCAACUAUUUUAAUGUCUAUUUAGUGAAAGAUGUACUCGAUGACGAAUAAAAAUUGACUGUGCGAGUAUUGGAAGUUAAUUAAACCUUAGUUAAGUUAAACGCGUCCGCCAGCUGGAUUGAAAUAAACACGUCGUAGAAAUUUUCGCCGGUACUUUUAAUUUCGUCCCUCCGCGAUGAUUUCCCUCGAAAAAGGUUUUUUUCUAUAACAAAGAAUUGAGGUAGCUUGGUAUAUUCUCUGAAUUAUGAGUCAUAAAUGGGUUAAAUUCGCUGCACUUUACGCCAUUUUCUUUCCAAACACACACUUAACUCAUGU